AUGACAAUGACGACCCCUCGUGCCGUUCCGCACGAGGUACAGAGCGAUGGCGAGGACGAUGAUGACGAGCCGCAUGUGCACGCUUCGGACGCGGAGGCGUUGGAGCCACUCACAGACGAUUCCCUCGAAAACGAAGACACUACCGACGAGGACGAUGCCGAGCUUGAUGGUGCAGUCAGCGGGUCCAGUUUGCGCGCCGCAUCCCACAAGGGUGCACCGUCGCCCGAACUCACCGAGAACCCAGACGAUGAAGAAGCGGGCGAGGACCCAGUGGAGGACGAUGCACCCGUCGCAGAGUUCUGA